GCCAAAAAAAAAGAAGGGAACAAAAAAGAAGAACAUUUUUUAACCAAAUUCCCUCUCUUUUCUGUUGAAUUCAACCAUGGAUUGGCGUCCGUUAGAUGUCAUGGUGAUCUCUGCCACCGGCAUAAAGAAUGUCAAUUACUUCUUCACAAUGGAUGUUUACGUCGAAGUUUCAAUUUUUGGCUAUGCAAAAAACACAAAACGAACCUUCAUUGACAAAAAAGGUGGCACAAAUCCUAAAUGGAAUUACCCAAUGAAAUUCACAUUAGACGAGCCUUCCCUCACAAAACCUGGCCUUUCCCUCUGCUUUUGCCUCCGAUCCGAUCGCUUUUUCGGCGACAAAGAUAUUGGCAUUGUCUCAAUCCCUAUAAAUGAUAUCUUUGGUCAAUCUGCUUCCGGACCUGAUGGAAGCGCCGAAAAAGUUGUGGAGUAUCAAGUUUUCACCCCAGUUUCUGGUAAACCUAGAGGAACCCUCAGGUUUUCUUAUAAGUUUGGGAAGAAAUAUGGACAACCUCCGGAGCAAAUGUUCAAAAAUGUAAAUCAAACUAAUGGCACUUAUAACCAAAAUGCGCCUGUCACAGCUUAUCCAUAUGCCCAGACAGGGAAUAAUAAUAUGCCACCACCUGGCAUGGGGUAUGGAACGCCAAAUCCCAACCAGGGGAUGGCGUAUCAGCAACCACCAGCAGGAUAUCCUCCUGCUGGUGGUUACAACACUAGUGGAUAUCAGCCAGGUGGAUAUUCUCCAGCAGGAUAUCCACAAACUGGAUAUGGAUAUCCUCCGCAACAACAACAACAAGGUUACGGAGGAUAUCCACCCGUGCAACAAGUGCAAAACCCACAGAAAAAGAGCAAAAUGGGAGGGAUGGGAGCAGGGGUUGGAUUGGGUUUGGCAGGAGGGUUGCUUGGUGGUAUGUUGGUUGGUGAAAUGGUUUCUGAUGUUGGACAUGAUAUGGAUGCCUAUGAUCAAGGUUAUGAUGAUGCCAUGGACGAUAUGGAUUAUUAAAAUGAGGUCUCUGUAUAUUGAGUAAUUUUUUUGUUUAUUGGAGAUAUAUAAAUCAAAUUGGUCUUUGAUAUUAACAACAUUUUCAAAUUAUUAUUGUAUUAUUUUGGAUAAAUUGAUUAUCUGAAUUGGAAGUUCCUUGCUCAUUCCCUUGAUUUUCCAAAGUUUAUAAUAUGUUUGCAGAAACGUGGUGCCUUACCAUGCGUGACUUCGUUAUUUGUACAAAUUUAUUUUGUUACGUUGUCAUUUCUUUAAGGAAAGAAUGAA